AUGCUGAACCAAAAAUACCAGAAAUUCCUGGGAGUGAGAGGUUUGAAGGCCCUGUGGUGCAUACAAGUGGGUAUAGGUCUGAGGGUUUUGGUGGUGGGGUGUGGAAAUUCUGGUAUGGAAGUUAGCUUAGACCUCUGUAGAUACAAUGCCAGCCCUCACAUGGUGGUUAGAAGUACUAUUCAUAUUCUUCCUAGGGAAAUGUUUGGACUAUCAACAUUUGGAAUAGCUAUGGCACUGCUCAAAUGGAUACCUUUAAGAUUAGUGGACAAGCUUCUCUUGUUGAUGGCAAAUUUCACUCUCGGAAACACAGAUAGGUUAGGUCUUCACAGGCCCAAGACUGGUCCAAUUGAGCUAAAAAAUGCCACAGGAAAGACCCCAGUGCUUGAUGUUGGAGCUUUAUCGCAAAUAAAAUCCGGAAACAUCAAGGUAAUGGAAGGUGUGAGAGAGAUAACAAGAAAAGGGGCCAAGUUCAUGGAUGGACAAGAAAGAGAGUUUGAUUCUAUAAUUUUAGCAACUGGGUACAAGAGCAAUGUGCCUUCAUGGUUCAAG